CUGCGGGAGGCCGACGGGCGGCGCUGGUGCCGCUUCCCCGACCCGCGUCUCAGGCCGAGCCGGCUUCCGACCCAGGAUGAGGAACUAUAAAGCAAUUGGCAAAAUAGGAGAAGGGACGUUUUCAGAAGUCAUGAAGAUGCAGAGCCUGAGGGACGGGAACUUCUACGCUUGUAAACAGAUGAAGCAACACUUCGAAAGUAUUGAGCAAGUUAACAACCUCCGCGAGAUCCAAGCUCUGAGGCGCCUGAACCCACACCCGAACAUUCUUACGCUGCAUGAGGUGGUCUUAAAUGGAAUAUUUCACAGAGAUGUAAAGCCAGAAAAUAUAUUGAUAAAGCAGGAUGUCCUGAAGCUAGGGGACUUUGGGUCAUGCCGCAGCGCGUACUCCAAGCAGCCGUACACCGAGUAUAUCUCCACACGCUGGUACCGCGCCCCCGAGUGUCUGCUCACUGAUGGCUUCUACUCUCACAAGAUGGACCUGUGGAGCGCCGGCUGUGUAUUCUACGAGAUCAGUAGCCUGCAGCCCCUCUUCCCUGGUACCAACGAGCUGGACCAGAUCUCCAGGAUCCACGAGGUCCUCGGCACGCCCACUGAGAAGACGCUGAGCAAGUUCAAGCAGUCGAGAGCUAUGAGUUUUGAUUUUCCUUUUAAAAAGGGAUCAGGAAUUCCUCUAGUCACAGAUGGUCUGUCACCUCACUGCCUCUCGCUCCUCCAUGCAAUGGUGGCCUAUGAUCCCGAUGAUCGAGUCACAGCCCACCAGGCGCUCCAGCACCCCUACUUCCAGGAGCAGCGGACGGCAGUGAGGCUGGCCCUGGCCAGCCACAGUAAAGCCUUCUUUGCUGAGCGGCCCUUGGCCCCAGGACUCCUCUGCUCUGACUCACAGCCACUCCAGCCCAAGGAGAGCGGCCAGUCAGUGGACAGAGUCUCGUCCUUCUGCAGCCCGGCGCUGCCAUCUGUACUCGGCCCCGGAGCUGGCAGCAGAGUUGCAGUGCUGAGGCCCCUCGAGUGUGUGGGCGCGAGCCAGAAGCUGACCCCCAAGGAUCUGAAGGCCGGCCUGCGGCAGUGGCGCCUGCCUGCCAUCGAGAGGAAGGGAGGAGGCCACUGAGCACUGGA